AUGGGUAGCGAGUCACCCGUGAGGCCCGCCGCGCUUUCCAAGCAUGUCGCAUUCGAGCUUCUCUUCCCCGAGUCACCUCAUUACAAAGCGCGCCUCCCAUUGAGAGUGCAGAUAUAUCCCCAUGACAGCACCGAGUCGAUUGUGACAACGGUUAAAAACUUCUAUGGCUUAUAUUCGGGUCCGACCGGGGGCAAAGGUAUCAGUUUUGAGGACGACCGGGGCAAUACUCUUAUUGCUGGGUAUGAGAACUUUCACAAUAAUAUGGUCGUCUAUGUACGAAUCAUUGAGGACUCGCCGCAGUCGGCAGUCCCCUUCCUUUCUGGUUAUCCAGCUGCCACCGUUGCAGGCCGGAGCUUUGGCAGUAAUGAUUUCUCUGGUCAAUCGACACAACAUUUUGACCAGCAUCACUCCAGACCGGCCUCGCGGACUUCCAGAAAGCGAAGUGUCUCUCCUAAUGGCGAACGUGGCCGACGUAGCACGUCAAUCGGCCCCAACCCUACAGCAGGCAAGAAGGGCAGGUCUCGCUCAUCCAAGACCCGCGGCCCGAACUACGAGAAUCACAGCGACAGCCUAAACGGCUAUAGCAGUGGCGACAAUGACUCUCCUUCUGUGUCAAGCAAGGCAAAGGAACCCAUUGGCAACACAGAUAUAAGCCUGGAGAAUAUUGUUGAGGGUGGUCGUAGGAAGCGUGCCAAGUUUGAGAGUUCCGAACUUCCUCUAUUUGCGCCGCCUCAGAUGCCGGCUGCCACUUCCAAUCCGUCUGUGUCUCCUGCUCGACGAACAGACCCUCACCGAGCCGCCAUUCCUUUCGCCCACCCAGGACAAAAUCCCUUCACCAACCCACGGCCUCUCCAAUCCCCACAGCAUUACGGCCAUGGCGGCUAUAGUCACUUCGGCAUGUACGCUACACCCAGCACCGACUCGAGGCGUCAUCGCAACAGCAUUGGCUACCCGCCCGGAAUUUUGCCAACUCCAGACCCUACGAUUGGUAGUAACAUGUCCGAAGAGGACAAGGAUGUUGCCUUGCAGCUUAUGAGGCUCGGUGAUAUGUCCAAUGUCUCCCAUGGGAGGACUUCUGCUUCUACUCUGGAUGAUACUUUUAGUGGUAGAGCUGAUGCUGCCUCCUCUACUGGCGCUACUAGUGAUGGCGAAAGUGACAGUGGGGAUGACCUCCCUCCUACUCGCCGUCAAAAGGUUGAGACCUUUGCAAGCAGCGCACGAGUGUAUCAGACGACCGAGAGCCACUUCAAGGCCCAAGGUGAAACCAGUGGCGAUGACGCUGACUACGAAGAUGGCAACGAUGAUUCGCACCUUGUGAAUGGUGUCAAGGCCAAGCUGGAGAAACCACGGCUGCCCAGCUUGAAGACGGGCACAGCCAAGCCCAAGUCCAAGGCCCCCAAGUCCCAAAGCGGCCCCAAGGUCAAGAAGUCGAAUAGCAUCUCGACCUCUGGGCCAAUGUCGCCCACAUCUCUGCCAGCGCAAUCACGCAAACCCUCAAUUGUAGGCCCCGGGCUCAUGCCUGGCCAGCCAGGAGAGGAUGAUCAACCCGACCUUUCGACAAAGCCCCGAUGCCAGCGCUGCCGUAAGAGCAAGAAGGGAUGCGAUCGUCAACGGCCAUGCGGGCGUUGCCGGGAUGCUGGCCUCAGCGCUGAUCAGUGUGUCAGCGAGGACGAAGGCAACGGUCGUAAAGGUCGUUAUGGACGCCACAUGGGUGUCCCCGUCAAGACGGUCGAGACUGUCCCUCAGCCUACUCUACUCCCAGCUGCGCCGAUCACCGCCCCAAUGCCUCCUCCCCUCGGUGAUAAAAAUAAGAAACGCAAGCGAUGA